CUCUAGCGAAUGUUGUUAAGCACUGACUUAGCUCAUGUUAGAGUUCAAGCAAGCUAACAGAGAAGGACGAGGAAGGAAUGCGGCGGACAAACAGCAAGAGGACAAUCGGGUAUCCGGUUUGAUGUGUGUAAUGAAAUAAACUCAGAAGGACACGGAUACUGGAAGCGCGGCGGGCCUUCAGAAUCUAUGUCUGCUGUCACUAGAAAACUGCCAGGAUUAGGCCAGAUUUUGGUGUAAGAACCCUCAUCGACAGCUGCAGUGGCGGGGCAGGAGCGCGUUUCUCAGGAAGAUGGCAUCACCCUUCGUGCCUGUCCCAGUCCCCAUGGACAGAACCUUGUCAGGUGGCAGCAACAAGCUGCGGCGGCCAAAGCGAGCCGCGUCUCUGGGAAGUGUCUCCAGUAGCUCGGAGUCCUCGUCCCCCGUCGCCAGGGCCGCUGGGGAGGAGCAGGACGGAGGACUGGGCGCUCAGCGUCAGUCCCGCUGCACGGGCAGAGCCCCCCGCAGCCAGACCCCGCCAGCCCUCCACAGCCCGGGGACCCAGGCCAGGGUCAACGGGACGCUAGAGCCCUCAAUGGAGUACUCGAGUUGCCCUCGCUCGGCAUCGGAUCCAGCAGGGAGCCAGCAGGAAGAGGAGAGGCCCAUCACCCCCACCGUGUUGGGGUACGAGGUCAUGGAGGAGAGGGCAAAGUUCACGGUCUAUAAGGUCUUGGUCAAGAAGACUCCGGAUGAGAGCUGGGUGAUUUUUAGGAGGUACACCGACUUCUCCAGACUCAAUGACAAGCUAAAGGAAAUGUUUCCCGGCUUCCGCCUCUCACUGCCUCCCAAAAGGUGGUUCAAAGACAACUAUGACAGUGACUUCCUGGAGGACAGACAGUUGGGACUUCAGGCCUUUUUGCAGAAUUUGGUGGCACACAAGGACAUAGCAAACUGCCUGGCUGUAAGAGAGUUUCUGUGCCUUGAUGACCCCCCUGGGCCUUUUGAUAGUCUUGAAGAAAGCAGGGCAUUCUGCGAGACACUGGAGGAGAGCAACUAUCGCCUACAGAAGGAGCUUGUGGAGAAGCAGAGGGAGAUCGCUUCCUUGAGGAGGAGGCUGGAGGAGCGGGAACAGGCCAUCCUGCUGCUGGAGAGGCACAUCAAUGGGGAGUGCGCGAGCCCGGUGUCUCCGUGCGGCCUGUCGGCUCAGGGCAGCGAGAGCAGCGCCGACGCCGACGUGGAAUCGUCCGCCGCAGAGGCCGACCAGGAAAUGCCCGACGACGCCGGAGGCAGAUGUGAGGUCCAGCCGGUGCGUUCCUCCGCCUGCUGGUGCCGGCCGUCCCUCAGCGCCUCGCCGCCGCUCAUCCAGGUCACUCAGCUGUAUCACAAGAAACCGGAACACUAA